UUCCGUCCCCUCCUCUCGACUCCUCAAACACCGGAGGCCGGGCCAAGGCGCCGUACGUGCAGGCAGACAUGAUCACCCGCUGCUCAUCGCUGAAUAACUGACACAGCUCUUCAUCGGUCGGUAGUUUGGUUGCAACAAGGGCCCAGAGGUUCCGAAGGGAGGCAGGAAUAUGGCCCAGCCUGCGGAAAACGCAAGUGUAGCCCGGCUCGCUUUGUCUCUAUUAGUCGCUCUGUUCGCCGUAAUUUCCGUGAAAGCUCAAUACGAGAAGUACAGCUUUAAGAGUUUUCCUCAGUCUGACUUGAUGCCACUGGAGUCAGCGUACGGGUACGCGCUUGACCAGUAUGCCUCUCAGAACUGGAGAGAAAGUAUAAAAUAUUUGGAACUGAGUUUGCGGCUUCACAGGUUGCUGAAAGACAGUGAGACAUAUUGUAACCAGAACUGCAGUCUGGUCAGCCGAGACAACGAUGAGCUGUAUUCUGACACCACGCUCCGAAUCAUGGGGCAUUUCUUACUACGGGCGGCGUGCCUCAAAAAGUGCAAAGCGAACUUUCCAGUAUUCACCUUAACUUAUCCCAAACGAGAAACUCUUGAAGCUUUUGAGAAAAGGAUACCAUAUCGCUACCUACAGUACGCGUAUUACCAGUUGAACCAUUUGGAAAAAGCUGUUUCAGCAGCACACACCUACCUCCAGAAAAACCCCAGUGACCCUCUGCUCUCAAAGAACAUGAACUAUUACAAGAGCCUGUUUGAUAUAGAGGAAUAUCUCAUCGACCAUGAAGAGAGACCGUAUGAGGCUAUUUUUCUGAAAGCAGUGAAGCUCUAUAAUUCUGGCGAUUUCAGCAGCAGUGCCCGAGAUAUGGAGCAGGCGGCCGUGGACUAUUUUAAAUCCUAUGACCAGUGUCUCGCUGCCUGCGAGGGCUCGUACGAGGUCGUCGAGUAUAAAGACUUCUACGCCACCCUGGCGGAACUGUAUAUGGAUGUGCUCCGGUGUAAGGUGAAAUGUGAGGAGAACCUUAUGCCCAAUGUGGGCGGAUUCUUUGUGGAGAAGUUUGUCGCUACCAUGUAUCACUACAUGCAGUUUGCCUAUUAUAAGUUAAAUGACGUGCGUAACUCUGCGCCCUGCGCUGCCAGCUAUAUGAUGUUCGAUCCGACUGAUCAGGUGAUGCAGCAGAACGUAGCCUACUACAGAUUCUACAGAGAACAAUGGGGAUUGGAGGAUGAGCACUUUAAGCCACGUCCUGAAGCUCUGAGAUACUUUAACCAAACCAGCAAACAAAAAGAGAUGUUGGAAUUUGCUCAGAAUUACCUGCAGACAGAUGAUGAGGGCAUUGUAGCUCCAGAGGAGGUUGUGUCUGGUCCAUCUGCGUCCCCAGAUUCGGAGUUUGAGGGCCAGGGAGAUUAUGAGGAGUCUUUCCUGGCCGACUGGUGGCAGGAGCCCAAAACCAAAGGAGACACAGGAGAGCCUGCCGAGUAGCCCCAAAUACACACACACAUCAGGGGCCCAUUAAUGUGCUUUUAAAGACACACACACUCUCUCACACACACAUACACACACACACACACACACACACACACAAACAAACGACUGGGAUGUGGCCUCAGACUGUGUUUUCCCCAGAAUAUCAAAAAUGUACUUUUUGAUAAUCUGUGCAAUAUUA